CUCAUGUUUAAUGGCAUCAAAAGAACACGCAUAAACAUAUACAGAGAAUAAAUACAUUUUAAUAGAUGUUAAUUUUGAAACACUAGCCUAUUUUCAAUGCUGCGUUAAUGGCACCGAAUACAUUUAAAGCAGAGUCUACCAUUCUGGAAAUAUCAUCCAGUUAAAUCCAGAGAAAUGUGUAAUAUAUGUUUAUUUGAUUUGUUUUCAUAUUUUAAAGGACGUCGAUUCAUGACCGAGAAGAACUGAAAUGAAUGGACCGCAACUGGACUAGUAAAUCAGCGUUUGCUCUGUCGAGUAAACUCGGGCAUGAAUGAACCAGAAAGGCGAUGAAGGAGGAGUCCCUCCUCUCCUCAUCUCCUCCUCUCCUCUGCAUUACUACUACAGCUGGUGGCUCCACAUGCGCCGCGGCGCUCCGUAGCCUCCAGCGGGCAUACCGGCUCCAGUCUGUAGGCAUGUCGGCCGGGGGCUCAGACGGGACGGCGGACCGGCCAGCAGAUCCUGCUGCAGAGCAAGAAGGCCCAAGCCAAGCAGGCUCCUCGCUGCCAGCUGUCGAGCUGCCAAGGAAACGAAAGGGAGAUGUGGAGGAGCGGUCAGACACCCAUGUACAGCAAAGCCUCGACUUCCAAAUGGAUGAAGACCUCAGCAGAUCUGAAGGAGAAGAUCAGCAAGUCAAAAUGAAAUGCUUCAGGGAACCUCACCGCCAGAUUGAGAAGCGGAGGAGGGAUAAAAUGAACAACCUUAUUGAUGAGCUGUCUGCCAUGAUCCCCGCCUGUCAGCCCAUGGCUCGUAAACUUGACAAACUCACUGUGCUGCGGAAGGCCGUGCAACAUCUGAAAGCCCUCAAAGCUGGGACGAGCAGCGCCUUCACUGAUGCCACCCACAAGCCUUCCAUCCUGCCUCAUGAUGACCUCAGGCACCUUCUGCUCAGGGCUGCGGACGGUUUCCUGUUAGUUGUGACUUGUGACCGGGCCAAAAUCCUGUUCAUCUCCGAGUCCGUCUCCAAGAUCCUCAACUUUAGCCGGGUGGACCUGACAGGGCAAAGCUUAUUCGAUUUCAUUCAUCCCAAAGACAUCAACAAGUUGAAGGAACAGCUGUCGUCUUCUGAGUUAUACCCCCGCCAACGCCUCAUCGAUGCUGCAACUGGGGUUCAGGUCCAGGCAGAUACCCCUGUCAGGGCAUCCCACUUGUCUACUGGAGCCCGACGAUCCUUCUUCUGCCGCAUGAAGCACAGUCGGGUGGCGGGGAAGCACGAGGACAAACGCUCGCUGCCCAGUACUUCCAAAAAGAAAGACACUUACAGAUACUGCACCCUCCACUGCACUGGAUACAUGCGGAGUUGGCUGAGCAGUCAGCUGGAGUCAGAGGGUGACGUGGAUAAGGAAACCUCUAACCUGACCUGCCUGGUGACCGUAUGCCGCUUCCAACCCCACGUGUCCCACCCGCCUUCCAAAGACAUCAACGUAAAGCCCACCGAGUUCGUCACCCGCUGUGCGAUCGACGAGCCACGACAAUCAUCGGUUAUUUGCCUCAAGAAGUUAUCGGCACGUCGUGUUAUGAGUACUUCCACCAGGAUGACCUGCAGCACCUCGCAGAGAAACACAGUUCUUCGAAGCAAGGAGAAGAUCGAGACACAGUGCUACAAGUUCAAAGCAAAAUAUGGCUCCUAUGUUUUACUCCAAAGUCAGUGGUUUAGUUUCACAAAUCCAUGGACCAAAGAAGUUGAGUUUAUCGUGUCCUUAAACAGGGUUAUCUCGGGGCCUGGUCACACAAAGGAUGAUGAGGAGGCAGGCAGCUCAAAGGCACUUCAGGAGGACACAAAGCAAAUACCCAUAAUUCCCGGUCUCUCAAGUGGUGUGGGCACAAUGAUCUAUGCAGGCAGCAUAGGGACCCAAAUCGCAAACGAGCUCAUCGACUCCUACAGGAUGAAUUCUUCUCCAUCAAGCGGUGCUUCCAGUCCGUUUGGGCCGGCUCAGGAGAAGUGUCCACUGGUUUCUCCACAAACCAGCAGGAGUCCGUCCAGCAGAGAGGAGGCAGCAGGCAGCUCAUCACAGUCCCAGUCUGACUCAAGGACAGCAGCGGGUGCUAGCAGUUCAACUUCUGAAAGUACAGGCGAGCCGUCCCAGCUGGACUUGGACAGCAUGGUGGUGCCAGGCCUGAGCAGCUUCAGUAGUGAUGAGGCAGCCAUGGCGGUCAUCAUGAGCUUGCUGGAGACAGAUGUGAACAUGGGUCAAACGGGAGACUUUGAGGACUUACACUGGCCUUUCUAGGGGGCACACAGACCGUCAGUCCCUCUCAAAUGUUCUUGUGCCGUUUUCUUGCUGUUUGCCAAGAACUUGGGCGUUCAGUCGAUGUUUCCCUGACUGACUGAUCCAGCCUCGCACGAUUGAACCCACUGGACUUGUACCAAAGGCUGCAACAAAUUGUACUUGAGGAAGCCUAAAGGACAGAAGUUCAAGUUAAUAGGAAAUGUUAUGACUGUGAUUACCCCUGGGCCCACGCCUAAAGGAAAGUGAGGUUAAAGUGUCCCUAGAGCCUGUAAUGGCUCAGUGUCUUCCUCAGUGACACAUCCUUAAGGGGCUUAAACCAAGACUUUCCACAGCAGAAGAGCUCUCUGUUCACUCUGUGCCACCCUGUUGCCGUCUAUGAGUGACCAAGGUCUGGAGGUGAGUCAGACUCCUGCCAUGUGCAGUGCUGCUAGAGAAACUCCUCAAACCUUUGACAUUUACAAAAGCUGUGGUACCCAGUGAUAACUUAUGUAUCUGAUUGUUCCAUUUUUUAAAUUCUGUUUUUAAAAGGUCCCCUCCACACACAUUUGAGUCAUGUUAAAAGAAUACUCUGCUGAGUAAUGUUCUGUCUGAUAUUGUGUCCAGUAAUUACUGACAAGGCUAUAAAGAGCGUCUGUUCUUUCUCCUUCAUUGAGAAUUCGAGACUCUAUGGAUGUGCAAAUAUGGAGAUGCCUUAGGCUUCACAUUAGGUCCAGUCCAGGUGCACUCCAAUUUUGAAUAUUAUAGCUUAUUCUAAUCAUGCCUUUAUGUUCAGAAACGUCAGAAAGAAUGUCAGCACACUGCAGCCAUCAUGUAGAAGUUUAAUUGACUUUUACUGAGCUGGCCAAGCAACUUUCAUACACUUUAACUGGCACAGAAUCAUCAUAUGAUCAGAACACAUACGCUCCGCUAAGUCUAUCAAUAGGUGCUGGGUGUAUGCAUAGUCAGAACAGAUUAUUUAAGAAUUAUUAUAGUUUGAACACAAGUUGUGUCUGAAGUUCAAAGGAUUAAUACAGCCCUUUAUCCACUACACAUUUCAAAGGAGUCAGCAGCCAUCAGAGAAUUAGUGUAACCAAGUUUUUACAUCUAAAUUGGAAUGCAACAUUUAUCACCACCAGAUGCCUGACUAACUAACAACAGCUAUCAGCAAUGAGACAUGUGUCAUGGAGAAAGCUUUACCUUGGGACUAUUUUCAAUAAAAUAAAUGCUUGAAUAUUGACUCUCAUUUACAGUUUUGGUCCCAGGACAGAUAGUUGAAAUGACAUCUGGCUUUACAAUCAACCCAACCCUUCUGAUCUCAUUGGUGUCUCUGGUUUCUGGUUAUAAAACUGCACAACCCAUUCAAUUUCAAAACUUAAAUCCUUCGACACAGGUUAUCCCCAAGUUGAAAAGUAACUUUUUACUUAAGAUUCAAAGUUUUCGUUAUGUACUUGUGUCAUUUGCAUAUUUGACUAUGCCUUCUACAAUAGUUGUGAUGGCCAUAUGCAGACAUCUUAAAUUUGAAAUCUUCCCCUUCAACAGAGAAAUCGGAUAACAGCCAAACCACAUCUGUUAAAUGAAAGUCCAAAAUACACGGGAAGUGACCAUUUCUCCACAAGCUUGUAAAGUGUCUGCUUUCAUAUUGAAUGUGCACUAAAGGACUGAGCCCUAGUAUGCCUAUACUGUGUUCAUAUAUCACAUACUUAUUGUACUCCAGACAGUUCUGUGAAGGUAAUCCACACUGAGCUCCUGGGAAAAUAUGGAAGGUCUACCAUAGAUGUUAUGGUGAAUGUUUUCCAAUGUAAACAAGGGACAAGCCAACAUGUUUUUAGGAGGAAAGAUUUUAUUACUGUUGCGUCAUGUCUUAUAUCUCCCUCCCCUUACCCCUCCUGUUGUCACAUAACAGUAUUUGAACAGCCUACCACUGCACAGAAAUUAGCCAUUGUAUGUGUGUUGCUAGGGAGACAAUAAUGUUGCAGGUUGUGUUUCUGAAUGUUCCAUUACCACAACAGCCUCUUGUAAAAGAAAACUCCACCCUGAAGCAUCUCAUCAUUGUUUAAAAAACAGCUAUUGGGAAUAAACAAUGCAUUUAUAUAGGGAACAGGCCAAACUGGCCAAAGUGAGGUAAUCCCAGCAACUCCAAUACAUAUUCAACAGUAUUCAACAAAUGAUUAGACGAUUUAAAACAUCUUAAGCUAUCAUCAGGUUUUGGCGUCAUUCCCAAAUUGCAAAAAAAGAGCAAAAUUAAAAGAGGUGGGGCAGACCAACUUCCAUAUAAACAGUAGCUGGAAAAAGACCAGAAUGCAAUGCAGCCACAAGACAGGUUGAAGUUUGAGCAAAGAAUGUAGCACAAUCAUACCCACAGUGGAAUAAUCACACUUUCAAGCUAUUUAUUUUCACGUAGAUCCUACUUCAAGAUCAGCAGGAUAAUGACAGUUAUCUGGCAUUGGUAGGCAGAUGGAAAGAAAGUUCACCAAAAAAGUAAAUUACAUUUUAUUACAAAAUGUCCCUUGGAAUGUACUGUGGAUUGAUAUUAACAGUGUAUGAGUAUGUGUGGGUGGAUUUUACUUUUAAAAUCAGUGACUGGCCUUCAUACAGCACAUGUAAACUCUGGUUAUAUCACUGGUUCCUCUAAUCUUGAAAGCAUAAUGUGAUUGUGUAGCCUUGAACACAUGUUGUUUCUAACAUUGUUCAAUUGUAAAUCAACCAUUAUGCGCUCUUUGUGGCUUUAAAAGCAAAAACAGUUGGUACUGGACAAUAUUUGCUGUUGCGAUCAGUGCCAUUUGAAAUGGACACUAAAGAAUAUUGAACAUGCCCUGCUAUCAAAAGUAUCUGAUAUUUGUAUGUGCAAAUUGUUGUUGAUGUAUCUGCUGUAAUGAGGAAUGGAAGUUGAAGUCUUUUAAAGUAAAACAGUUUUUUCAGUAA